CAGCAGCUUUUGUGGUGCAGGCUCUGCACGGAGCUGUGCGGUUGCAUACCUUUUACAACUUGAUUUGACUCUCGUCAAUCGAUAUAGCAUCGCGUGCUGCAGCGCUCGCGCACCAUUAACACAAAAUCAGCACUGCCACUGCACAUUGGGCAGCAAUCAGCAGCAAAGCGCCGCACAUCAAUGGACGGAUGCAUGCAUUCCUGCUCUUCGGGCUGCUGAGGACCGGUGACUGGCAGCGCACGCGGUGCCGCACCGCUCUGUCGAUCGAGCCCGCGCCGGCGGGCUUUGUCGGGGAUGAGGACCUCGAGCCGGGCGAGCGCUGCGUGAAUGCACUGUGGGCGACGGACGAUGGCGUGCUGUUGGCGGCCGGCGCGCUGGUCUCGCAUGGUAAUGACUUCGCUGUCUGGCUUGGGGAUUCGUCGGACCCUUCGGUCGGCCCGAACCGGCAGCUGCGUGGCGCGAUUCCGCUCGCGCUCAAGCUCCUUGUGACGUUCCUCGCGACUUUUGAUUCCCCGGCGACGCGCCUGCGAGCCGUGCCACCACCACCUCCGCCGCGCAAACGGCUCGCUGAUCCGCUUGGCGGCGCGUUAAGUGCGUCGUCGGCGGCACUUGAGGCGAUCGGCUUUUGCGAAGGGAGUGACGACGACCUUUUAGUUUUGGACGACCGCGAGGCCCCGACGCAGCUCACCACGCUGGCGCUUGACGGCGAACGGGACGCGGUCCGGGCGCUGCGACUGCUUGGUGCGCGGCGCGACUGGCCGUUGCGCGACAACGAUCGCUGCCGCCUCGUCCCCGAGGCGCUCUCGCCGGACGAGGUCGAAGCGUUUCGCACCGCCGACGUACAACUCUCGGACGGCGAGGACUCGGUCGAUGGACUCCCGGAGCAACAUGCGAUGCUCGAGGGGGCGCUAGCGGAGCGCGCACUCGAGAUCGGCGCUAGGAUUGCGCGGCGCGCGCACCGUCACGACCUCGUCCCGGCCGCUGCUUUCCUCCGGCGCUACGACUCGGGCGACGCCGCUGGCCGCGCGGCGCUCGGGCCUCACUUCGACGCGCGGCCCACCGUGGCAACGGCCGUUGUUGAUCUGGACCCGGCCGCCUACGAAGGUGGCGGCUACUUCGUGCAGUCUCACCCGCACUGCUCCUCGCGUCGCCUCGUGCCGUUUGCGGCCGACGGCCGAGACGCUUGUUUGCACAACGCCGAGCUGAUUCACGGCGUAGCGACCGUGUGCGGAAUCAGAAGCUCACUGGUCGUGUGGUACAAUCGUCGCGACGGCGCGGAGAAGGAGGACGACGACCCAGACGUCCUCUUUGCCAAGGCGGCGACGCCGCCCGGCAAUUCCCUGUUCCUCCAUCGCGCGGCGGCUGCUGGAAGUGCCAAUGCACACGCCUUGCUCGGCACGCUCGCGGACGCGCGCGGCGCCGACAGCUCGGCGAUCGAGCACUGGACCGCGGCCGCACGGGCCGGCCACGCGUCGGCGGCGGACGCGCUCGCCGACGCGCUCGAAAGCGAUGUGUGGCGGGAACUCGCGGACGUCGAUCCGUUCGCGAGGCGCCAGGUGUAG